UGCGAAAAUAAAAAAUUGGAUAGAGGAAUGAGGGAUAAAGUACAAAUAACAGCAAAGUGGAAAGAGUGAGUAAAUGAAAAAAGAUUGGAAGGAAAGAAAGGUGUUGAAAAAUUUUUUUUUUUUCCAGCAACUGAAAACAUUUAUUUUGAUCUCUCUUAAUGCCCCCGACAGAAAUACAUACGGUGACGGCGCCAAUAAAAAAAAAAAAAUUAAGCUUUUGUGUUUAUUUCGAUGCUUUGUGAUCAGGAACUGAAGAAUGGUGUGGCUGGUUACAUUGAAAAACAAAUAUGA